GGAGAAGUUAAGGUCUGCGCGGUGCGGCCAUUGGCGGCGGAGCGUCACGUGACCGCGGGGGCGUGCCAAUGUGCGCCCUCACGGGUGUCAAGCCCCUGUCAGAGUGUGCGAUCCAGAUCUCGAAACUACGCGAUGCAAAAAGCGACCUACUACGACAGCUCGGCGAUCUACGGUGGCUACCCUUACCAGGCAGCCAACGGGUUCGCUUAUAAUGCCAACCAGCAGCCGUACCCCGCGUCCGCGGCCCUGGGCGCCGACGGCGAGUACCACCGACCGGCCUGCUCACUCCAGUCCCCCAGCGCGGGGGGGCAUCCCAAGGCGCACGAGCUGAGCGAAGCGUGUCUGCGUACCCUGAGCGGCCCGCCCAGCCAACCCCCCAGCCUGGGCGAGCCGCCCCUGGCCCCUCCGCCGCCCCAGGCCGCUCCCCCCGCCCCGCAGCAGCCGCAGCCCCCGCCGCAGCCCCCCGCGCCCGCCGCGGCUGUGCCCCCGACUCCCUCCUCCGUGUCCCCACCUCAGAAUGCCAGCAGCAACCCCGCCCCCGCCAGCGCCGCCAAGAGCCCCCUGCUCAACUCGCCCACCGUGGCCAAACAAAUCUUCCCUUGGAUGAAAGAGUCCCGGCAAAACACAAAGCAGAAAACCAGCGGCUCCAGCUCAGGGGAGAGCUGCGCGGGCGACAAGAGCCCUCCGGGGCAGGCGUCGUCCAAGCGGGCGCGCACGGCCUACACGAGCGCGCAGCUGGUGGAGCUGGAGAAGGAGUUCCACUUCAACCGCUACCUGUGCCGGCCGCGCCGUGUGGAGAUGGCCAACCUGCUGAACCUGACCGAGCGCCAGAUCAAGAUCUGGUUCCAGAACCGCCGCAUGAAGUACAAGAAGGAUCAGAAGGGCAAGGGCGUGCUGACGUCGUCGGGGGGCCAGUCCCCGAGUCGCAGCCCCGUGCCCUCCGGCGCGGGCGGCUAUCUGAACUCCAUGCAUUCUCUGGUCAACAGCGUCCCCUAUGAGCCCCAGUCGCCCCCACCUUUCUCCAAGCCUCCCCAGGGCGCCUACGGGCUGCCUCCAGCCUCUUACCCAGCACCCCUGCCCAGCUGCGCGCCCCCGCCGCCCCCGCAGAAGCGCUACGCGGCUGCGGGCGCGGGCGCCGGGGGCACACCCGACUACGACCCGCACGCGCACGGCCUGCAGGGCAACGGCAGCUAUGGGACCCCACACUUACAGGGAAGCCCCGUCUUCGUGGGGGGCAGCUAUGUGGAGCCCAUGAGCAACUCUGGGCCGGCCCUCUUUGGCUUAACGCAUCUCCCGCACGCCGCCUCGGCCGCCAUGGACUACGGGGGUGCAGGCCCGCUGGGCAGCGGCCACCAUCACGGGCCUGGGCCGGGGGAGCCGCACCCCACUUACACGGACCUUACCGCCCACCAUCCUUCUCAGGGAAGAAUUCAGGAAGCCCCCAAACUCACCCACCUGUGAUGGUGGG